AUGACAGUCAAUGGCCGUCCGGAACAUAUGCGAAACAUGCACGCUGGAGUACAAGCCACCAUGGCCUUUGUCCGGCAAAGGUUCUGGCCGAUCUCUUUAAGAUCCACAGUGCGUAAGAUUAUACAAGGAUGUAUAACGUGUUUUCGAGCCAAACCAGUGUCUUCAAAGGCCAUGAUGGGUUCUCUACCGCCUGCCCGCGUGCGGGUAUCUAAACUAUUUUCGCAUUGCGGCGUGGACUACGCCGGUCCAGUAUUGUUACGCGAAGGCGCUCAAAAGAUUAUUAAGGAACUGUACGACGUCUUCAAUAAGCAAGAAAAGCAGGACGGGAUCAAGCGUUUCCUUGGCGAACAGAAAAUCCAUUGGAGUUUCAUACCCCUCAAUGCUCCUCAUUUUGGUGGGUUAUGGGAAGCUGGCGUGAAGUCAGUUAAGCACCAUCUGACGCGCGUUGUGGGGGAGGCGCAUUUGACUUACGAGGAAAUGCAAACCGUCCUUUGCGAUCGAGACGAUCCUCAAUUCGCGACCCCUCACGCCUUUGAGCAACGAUCCCAAUGA